UUAGUUGUGGCGUAUAAUAUCAGCAGAUUUUAUUUUUUCAUUUUGUUCUUUCAAGUGUCUUACUGAGCUGUAUGAUAUACCAGUGUACCCUAUCAAAGCUUUAGUUUUCAGCUUAGGUUAAACAAGUAGCAAAUGGAGUCUAACUCCCAAGUCUGUAAUAAACAAAGGUUAGGGGCAACUGGAAUAUCGUGUAAGAUAAUGUCAGAAACACAAAUCGCACAAAUGUGAAAUGGCACAACCUUAUGAGGGGGCAGAGGUGCCAAAUGUGGUACAUUAUAUUGAUAAUUCUAACUGGAGAGGUCCAGGUACAGCAGAUGGUGAAAUGAUUUGUGGAGUUGAAAAUGAUUGUGUGAUAUUUCCUAAUGCCAAUAUUGUCUCCACCAUGCCUCAGCAACAGGCUAAUGAAAUAGUGCAGUAUACCUUCCCUGAACAGGAUUUUCUGGACAUACAAGUAACUGAGGAAGAAGUUAUAUGUGAAACAUGGGAUAAUGGGCAACCAUUAGAUGAUGAAAGUCAACAGUUGGUGGAAUUGAAGGUGGCAUGCAACCCCACAGCAGAAACUGAUGAAGUUGAGAUACCUCUACCACAAGAUCAAGAUACUUACACAACAAUGCGCCCUUAUCCAUGUGAUUUCUGCAGUCGGCGUUUUCGUAAGAAAGCAAAUCUUAUGAACCAUAUGUUAGCUCACCAAACUGAUCGUCCACAUGGCUGCAACCUUUGUGGGGCAAGGUAUCGUCGAAAAUGUGAUCUUAUUAACCACAUGAAAAUACAUGCAUAUGCUCCAGGACACCUUGGUAGUGAUGAUGAUGAGCAAGAUGUCCCAACAAACAACUCACACGACAAUAACAAUACUGCUUCAAUGAAGGGGAGGCGGAAGAAAGCUCAGUCAGCAGCACCAAAGAAACGGAAAAAUCUUACUAUGGCAACCCAGGGCAGUAGUUACUUCGAGGAGGAUGACAGCCUCAACUCUAAAGAUUUUAAAAGAUCCAACUACAGCAAUACUUCAUCCCGCAAAAAGUUGGGGAACAGUAGUAGUGGAAGUUACAGUUACGUAGAUGAAGAUAUGAAACUAUUGUCACAACCACCUCCCACUUUUACUCCUAGCAUGGAGCCACAAGAACCUACUGUACCUCGUUGGCCUGUCAUUGAUGAAAGUCGCCCCUAUGUUUGUCAGCAUUGUGGUGUGGGUUUCGCACGUGAGAAGGCGCUUGCUUCGCAUGCAAGGGUUCAUGCUGGUGACAGCCCAUUUGAAUGCAACACAUGUGGGGAGAUGUUCUGGGAUGUUGGACUGUUAAAGGAGCAUUCACGCACUAAACAUGCUGGAAGAAGUAGAGAUGAGUCAGAUGUGUCUGGACCAUACACGGGUGAUGAUCGGUUUGGAGAGUUCCAUUGUGAGACUUGUGGCCUUGGUUUCCAUAGACAGGAUCUUCUCAAACGUCACCGCAGAAUCCAUAUCAAGUUUGAGCCAAACAGUAGCAUGGCAACGCACGUGUGUCAAGUGUGUGGUCAGGACUUCCCCGGGCAGAGCGACCUUUUGGCACAUGUUGAAACACAUGCGCGCUACCAGCCACAUCGCUGUAUGCUGUGUGGCGAGUGUUUUUUGGAUGCACCAGCUGUUGCUGCACAUGUACGCCGACGGCAUGCUCGUAGCAUCCCACCCAAUGCCUGCACCCUCUGUGGUAAAACUUGCAAAGAUCGUCGCUCACUCCAGAAACAUGCUUGGGUUCACUUAGCUGAACGCAGCUUUUCCUGCCACAAGUGCGGGAAACGUUUUCACAGUCGUGCGCGUCUUAAAAGGCACAUGGUUUCUCAUAGAGACAAAGCAGUGUCUUGUGAAGAUUGUGGUUUGGAAUUUCCUGAUGGACGUGCACUUAUAAACCAUCGCCACAGCCAUAACAAAGAACCAUCAGCACGCCAAUUUUCAUGUGCAGAAUGUGGCAAGACUUUUGGGUCACGCAGCAGUCAACAAAUCCAUGCACGUAUCCACACUGGCGAGCGUCCAUAUGGAUGCCGCUUCUGCUGGAAGGCAUUUGCUGAUGGUGGCACAUUACGCAAACAUGAACGCAUCCACACAGGGGAGAAACCUUAUGCCUGUGCUGUGUGUCCUCGUGCCUUCAACCAGCGGGUGGUACUAAGGGAACAUAUUCGUUCACAUCACUCGGGUCCAGAGCCAAGGACAUCUGGCAAUCACUCAGCUGUUUAUGUUUGUAAAGUGUGUGCAGCAGCUUUCAGCAGUUCAGAGCAGUUGUGUGUGCAUCUGAUUCAGCACAGUGACGAGAACACUGCAAAGCAACGGAUGCCAAAGUUGGGGCCACGUAAAUACAAGCGCCGCCGCAAGCUGAACCCUCACGAGCUCACAUUGCUGUCGAGUAACAUAGGCACACCACAUGGAGACACAUCUGCUGAUGGGGAAGCAGAUUCAGAUAAUGGUAACACCUUCAAGCGUAAAAUUCCCAAAAGGAAGUUCAGACAGAAAGGCAAGUCAAAUACUGAUGAGAAUUUUGAAUCAGUUGUAAAAAGUUUUGAAUCUGUAAUUGAAAAUUUCAAUUCAAUUGUUAGCCACACAAAACCUGAGCCUGGGAAGGAGAAAGUUGAUAAGGAGAAGCACAAACUCAAACGCAAAUCAGCAGUCGAUGGGAAGCACAGUGGAAUGAAGUCUAUAACUAACAUGCCAGACUUGUCGUCUGGAGGGUUCGUGAAAAGCAAUAGACCUGCUGGUGAGAGUAGAAUAAGGCCAAGAACAAAGAAUGUGACAGUGAGUACACUUGCAGCUUUGAAGGCUGUGACUUCAAAACCAAGGUCAGUUUUAAAAGUUGGCCGAGAUCUGUGCAGAGUGGGACCACGGACAAAAAAUGUAAAUUACCACAAUGUGAAGAUGGCAAAACUUUCUCCUGCAACAUUUCCUGUUGAGAAAUCCAAUUUGACCGAAACUGUUUUAGAUACUAAAGGUGGUGUGAAUCAAGAAAAUGUUGACGCUGUUUCUAAAGCAGAAAACGGAAGUGUCCCUGUGAAGUCAGAGAAUGAUGAUAAUAUCAUUCCCUCUUCUUUGUUGCUAGAAGAUGGGAAAGAAGUGAAAGUUGAAUUUACAUGUGAAAUGUGCAGUGAAACCUUUACAAAGCGAUCUGAACUCUUGAUUCAUGUCCCCAUACACAUUUAAGAUUGUGGACUCUUAAAUAUUAAUGAUAUUGUAUUCUGAUUUAAAAUAUGGAACAGUGUGAGAGUAAAUGAAUUUAAAGAGAUCUGAGAGCCAUAAGAAUAUAUAUUUAAGGUGUAGUAAUUGUGUUAAGAAACAUAUUUUGGAUAAUGUAAUUGAAAGUUUUGCCAUAAUAGGUAAUUUGAAGUAAUGUAA